GCUAUUCGGGCAGCAUCGCAGCUGCUUCCUCCGCGCCUUUCUACACAGGUUCUUGCAACGCCGUUGCCUGCCCAUACGCAUCGACCGGUGCGAACGUUCCUGCUGGAUGCAAGUGCUAUGCCGGCUACGAGGGCAGUGUGACAGCCAAAACAGGCUCCCCGUUCUACACCUACAGCUGCAAGUCUGUGCUGGUUGGCGGCACCUUCGCCCUUCAUGCCACGGUCCACAAUCGCUUCCUGCGCAUGAACGGUGAGAACAUGGAGCGGACCUCGGCUAAG